AUGAGCAGCUGCUGAUCAAUGGAGUGCAAGCGCGUGAACACCCAGUCCCCCAAGCCCAAGGUUGUUUUCGUGCUUGGAGCCACGGCCACAGGAAAGUCCAAGCUCGCCAUCUCCCUCGCCAAGCGCUUCGGCGGCGAGGUCAUCAACUCCGACAAGAUCCAGGUGUACGACGGCGUGCCCAUACUCUCCAACAAGGUCACCCAGGAGGAGAGCGCCGGCGUGCCACACCACCUCCUGGGCGGCGUGCACCCCGACGCGGACUUCACCGCCGAGGACUUCCGCCGCGAGGCCCAGGCCGCCAUCUCCGUCGUCCUCUCCGCGGGCCGCCUCCCCGUUGUCGCCGGCGGGUCCAACACCUACAUCGAGGCGCUGAUCGAAGCCGACGGCGCCGCGUUCCGCGCCGCCCACGACUGCCUCUUCCUCUGGCUGGACGCCGCGCCGGGGAUGAUGGAGUGGUACACCGGCCUGCGCGUCGACGACAUGGUGCGGCGCGGCCUGGUGGACGAGACGCGCGCCGCCUUCGAGGAGGGCGCCGACUACACCCGCGGCGUGCGUCGCGCCAUCGGCCUGCCCGAGAUGCACGAGUACCUGCUGGCGGAGCGGGAGGGCACCAUCGGCGAGGCCGAGAUGGCGGCCAUGCUCGAGCGCGCCGUGCGCGAGAUCAAGGCCAACACGUUCGGCCUCGUCCUCCAGCAGGCGGCCAAGAUCCGCCGCCUCAGCACGCUCGAAGGCUGGGACGUCCGCCGCGUCGACGCCACCGCCGUCUUUGCGUCCAUGGCCGAGGGCUUGGGCCAGAAGGAGGUCUGGGAGUCGGCCGUGUGGGAACCGUGCCAAGAGAUGGUGCGCCUCUUCCUCGGUGUGGGAACCCCUAAUUUCCAUGCUCCAGCUGCUACCCUGCCAACUGAUCUGGAGGUGGAUGAGGCCAUGGCUGGGCUUUCCCAGGAUGUCCCUGUUAUCCCUGCUGCUGCAGUCGGCGACGAUGAUGGCAGUGUCGUGCUGACGCCGCCAGCACUGCACGAGCAUGAGAAUGAAGGAUCCUUGAAGAACGGUGCUGCCGGCGUUGUACUCAAUGGCACCGACGUCGUGGACAAGGAUCCUGCCUGCGGUGCCCGCCACAGUGACGAUCAUGGAAGCUAUGCCGGCGUUGCUCAGGCUGCUCCGGCAGCAGCUGGAGCUACGUCGGACGACACAGCCUAAGCUGUAAGCUAGGAGCAUGCAUGCAUGCAUGGCUUAAUUACCGGCUUUGGAGCAUUCCAUGGUGCUUGGACACUCGUGCUUCAGACGUACUCCUUCACAGUCGGUCGUUGCAUGCAAGCAUGGGAGAUAGUCAUACAAGUCUCAUGAGCUUAUUAAGCUACUUUUACUGUUUGAUAAUUUAAGGUUUAUCUCUUGUUUUCUGAAUUAUUAUGAAACAUCCAUGGCUAUGAUGAUUGAAUUUAAAGA